AUGUUGGAUGUGGACUGGGGAGGUGUGCGGGAGGAGUUCCACAUGGGUUCCAUUGAAGGGACCGGGCUGCUGAGGACCACCGGCACCGAGCAAAAGGUAAAGCAGACGCGGGCGGGACACGCUGCCUGCUGGGACAAGUGGAUGCAUGACUGUGCAGUGAAAAGGCAAAGGCCAGAAUAACUCCAGCAGUUUAAGAGGACAUGAUGGGGGUGUCAGUCACUGUCACCACCGUGGCAGCCCUGAGGAGAACCUUCAUCACAGUUCUUGGCUUGACUUUAUUCUUAUCAGCCGGGAGGGUGCAUGGGCAGUUCCUGGGCGCCCCGCUGGACUGCAAAAAGACCUGCGUGUGCACCAGUAACAUCAUCAGUUGCUCCGGUGGAAACCUCACCAACGUUCCCACGGCUCUCCCGCAGCACACGGCAGUUCUGGACCUCAGUUUCAACGCCAUCACCAGGCUGCGCGCAGUGUGGACUCCCAUCCAUCUCCACAGGCUGCAUAGCCUAUCGCUCAGCAACAACGGCCUCACGUUCCUCUCUUCUGAGGCGUUUGUGCACGUGACCAAGCUUCGUUACCUGGACCUUUCCUCUAAUGGACUCCGCCAGCUGGACGAGUUAAUCUUUGAGCCGCUGGAGCAACUUGAAGUGCUGCUGCUUUAUAAGAACAACAUCUCUCAGAUAGAUCGCUCGGCCUUCUCAGGCCUCGACUCUCUGCAGAGGCUCUAUCUGAGCCAUAACCAGAUCUCCCGCUUCCCUCUGGAGCUUGUAAAGGAGCGAAGCAGACUGGAGACUCUUCGGCUUCUGGACGUCUCCUCCAACAGGAUUAAAGCCCUGCCUCUGCAGGAGCUUCAGUCCUUGCCUGCCUGGAUAAAGAACGGCAUUUACUUCCACAGCAACCCUCUGACCUGCAGCUGCGAGCUGUACAACCUGUUGGCACGCUGGUCCAUCAAGGAGCUCAGCUCUGCCUCUGACUUCGCGGGCAGCCAUACGUGUUUGAUACCAGGUCUGCGGAGGGAAAAGAUGCUCACCCUGGAUCUGGACGAAGCUCAUCUGAACUGCAGUGAGAUCAAGGUUCUGAUGGAAGAGGCCUAUUUGGAGCAAUCUCUGGUACUGGAUUGUGAUACCAAGCAAAGGGACGUGGUGAAGAGAUGGGCACUGCCAGGAAACAUCCCACUGUCUUUUGCCAAUCAGAGCGCUGUGAUGCUCUCUGACGGCAGCCUCCACAUCGGGUCCCUCAAAGCAGAGGACUCAGGAGUCUACAUCUGCUAUGCUACAAGUGACUCCUUCAACGAGACGCUGUAUGUGACCGUAGUGGUCAUUAAUUCCACCAUGAGUGGUGGGCUUGAGAGUCUAAAAACGGCCUACACCACCCUCAUAGCGUGCGUGGUGAGUUUAGUUAUGGUCCUCAUUUACCUCUAUCUCACCCCGUGCCGCUGCGCGUGCUGCCCAGGUCAGGACGCGGAGAAAGAUGGCGCGAGAGACAGCCUCCACUCCUCGACUGUCAGUCUCUCUCAGGCUCACGAGGAGACAGCGGAGCAGACGGUGGAGGGCGGGGGCUUCCCCUACAGACCCGCUCCUCUGCUGGAGCAGAACGGCAGGCUGAACCCGAUCGGUGAGGAAGACGAGGAGUGGCAGGUGGACACCAGGGAGAGAAGAAGGUUUGAUGCCCAGUCUGUCAGCUCUGUGUGCUCUGACACUCCAAUGGUGGUAUAAACGAGAGCAUGUGCAGAGCAGUGAUUGUCUGACUCUGCUAGGUGUUCUCUUGAAUGUCUGCACUACUCAAGGUCUCAUCUUCUAAACAAGGCCUGAGCUGACUCCAGCUGUUAGUAGCAUUGUUGAGGCAACACAUACCAAGGAUCAACUAUGAACUGCAUAAAAACGCUAAUGUAAAAACUUAAAAACUGUCAUUGAAAAAACAACCCUAACCCUAACCGUAUACUGUAAAAAAUGAUCAAUUAAAAGUGAUUAUCAAAAGUUGCAUUAAAAAAGAGAUAUCCAUAUUUGUAUUUGGGCAACAAACUAGUUUAAAAUCUGUUUAUAAUCUGCUACUACUUACCACAGAUCUGAAAAAUACAGAAGCUUAAAAUAUUGUUUUCACUCAUAAAUACAUCAAAUAUUUUCAGCCACGGAGAGAUACUAACUACUCUGAGACAAACAGCUCUAAAAAAAAAAAUAGGACAGUCAUUUUACUGUGUAUAUCUCGGGGCGGUGCAUGAAGCAUUGCUUUUAUGCAAAGCGAUCAUGGUGCUAUAGACGAGACGUUUGACAGAUGUUGGACAGAAGGUUGCUGCUGGAAAUAGCGACUCAUUUUAUGCAAAGCUUGAAGAUCUCAGCUAUUACUGCAGUCUGUUUUAAUGAUGUUUCAUGUUAUGGUCUUGUGUGGAUUUCUUGAUAUUCAUGGAACACAACGUUGUGAGGAUAACUUUUUUGUUAAUUAAGUGUGUUUAUAUAAUGUGUAAGAGUCUUUUUACGUAGAAAUCUGAGUUUUGCUGUAAAUGUGGCCUUUGCUGAAGGGAUUUUGAAGACUGAGCUGAUUAAAUGUGAGCUUUAGAUAGACCAAAUUCACAGUCUAAUUUAAUUAUGAAAUAUUCUAGAUAAGUAGAAUUCUAAUUUUUAAAAGAAUUUUGUUUGAUCCUGCCAUUUUAGGAAAGUAAAAGUUUAGCACACAAAGAAUCCACCAACUGAUACACAAAAACUGGAUCACAUCCCUGACAGGAGUUAGUGCUCUUAUAUCUGUCAAUCACAAACUACUUCAUCCCUCAGACUGAUAUCAAGUUGAUAUCAACAAAAUUUGACCCAACAAAUGUGCAGAAGAGUAUCCCCUUUAGGUUAAAUUGGAUCUAACUGACUUUGGAUUCAGGUUUAGGAGCAUUUUCUCUGAUUGGAUGAUGGUAAUUAUUAUGAUAUGAAUUAUCAAAAAAUGUUUUUAUUGUGGUUGAAAUUUUGAAAUCUAGAAUAAUGUGACUUAAAAUUCUCAUUUCAAAUACCUUUUUUACUUUUUAUCCCCUCAAUCUUAAUUUCUGCCUCAUCCUAACUUGCCAGCGUGUACAACCGCUCGUUUAAAAAAGCAUUUGACCGCAGUGAGUGAGCUUUCACUUUAAGCUAUGCCAGCAGAAAUAGCACACAUUGUCAUAACAAAAAUAUCAUACACAUCUUUAACACACAUUCCGGGACCUUUGCUUACUGGAAGUCAGGCAGCUUUCAGUGCAGCUGCAGGUUUUAUCUCUUCAUUAACUUAGUUUAUGGAUGUUCGCAGCCUCGUUCGCAUUUGACCAACCUUUCCUUGACCCUGAGUAUUUCAAAGUGCGUUCGUGCUCCUGGUGCCAUUAGCAUGGCAUGUUAAGUAUGAACAGACAGUAAAAAUAUAUGUACAUCCUUGUUUAUUAGAUGAUUUAUUGCUGCAGGAAAACAUAGCCCAAAGGAACACAGCUGAGAGCAAUACCAUCCACUAAAGGCCUCUGGGCUUUGGCGCCCAACUCUGAACUAAUAAUCCAAUACAGCCCGCCAGAAGUCUCAUAAACACUGUCAAAAAUAGCAGCUCGCAGUGCAGCAAACACACACACACACACACACACACCUUAAGCCGCCAGUAGGAGCUGGAAACUCACUGUGAAAAGUAGCCAUUAUUAAACCGAUUUCUUCAUUUUUGUGACAUUGGCAGGUUCAAACUGAAUAACAUUCACCAUAAGUUGAACUUUCCACCACAAAUAGUUUCUAUAUUAACACAUGAAUAUUAAUCGUCUACUGAGAACACAACUAGUAAGUUAAUGAAAACAAACAAAACACUAAUAAAAAGAUAACGCAGGCUGAUGAUCUCAGUAAUUGUAAUUGUACUCUGAAUGUGCUUUACUAAGAUACUUAAUGUUGAAUUAAUCAUGAACAUGAAUGAUGUCAGUUUUUUAUAUAUUUUAUGCAGCUAGACUAUAUCUUUUAUAGGGUUCAUCAUGUGCAGUUGAAAUAUCUGUUUCUUAAUAAAGUCACUUAUACUAACAAAAACUCACUUGUUAAGAAUGUUACACAUUCAUGUUCAGUGUUCAUUGUGGUAGGUACGGUUAUUGUCAUUUUUAUGCUGAAGCCAGUGGCUGUGCCUCUCUGUGACAGUCACAUGGCCUCAUUUCAUGCAGUCCCGUGUAAACAACUGAUUAAUCCUGUGCUGUAUCAUACUCUGUUUAUUACUAAACUACUCCUGUAUAUUGUGAACUGCAAAAUAAACAUAAGGUGAAUCAUGUCACAUGAUGUGAUUGA